AUGGACACAGUCCUAAACAAAACACGGACAGCGCCCGAAAACCGGGCCAGGCGAUCGUCGCGUGCUUCUUUAAGACGUGCUCGAUCGACUCCCGAGGAUGAUUCUCACCAAUUGUUUUCGCCUCAAUUCAUGGAUGACCAUGGUGCCCACCAUUACCACGUCGAUGCGACGCCCGACGAGGACUAUUUCGGUGCGCGCGACGAUGGCGCAGGUCCCAUAAUCGAGGAGGAUGCCAUCUCCACGAGCAGUACCGCGGGAGAGUCGCAGGAGGAAGUCAGGUUUGGCGUGGUCAAUAGCCGUGAUGUCGAAGCAGGAGUCAACCUGCCAGAGUUGAAAACUGAGAAGUCGACUCGAUCACUGAAAGAUCCCCACCUGGUCACCUGGGAGGGCGCCGAUGACCCCGAAAAUCCCAAGAACUGGACAUACCGGAAGAAAUGGGCGGCAACUCUCAUCGUGUCGUCGUUUACGUUCAUUUCACCUGUGUCGUCGUCGAUGGUGGCACCAGCUCUCAACAAAAUCGGCGAAGAUUUGGGGAUUAGCCAGGACAUCGAAAAGUCAUUGACCCUUUCUAUUUUCGUCCUUGCCUACGCCAUCGGACCCCUGUUUUUGGGUCCUUUGUCAGAGAUGUAUGGCCGAGUUAUUGUUUUACAACUUUCGAAUUUGUUCUAUCUCGCGUGGAAUCUUGGGUGCGGCUUCGCCCAAACCCAGGGUCAACUCAUCGCAUUUCGGUUUCUCAGUGGUUUGGGUGGUAGUGCACCCCUGGCCCUGGGUGGAGGAGUUCUGAGUGACUGCUGGCGCGCAGAAGAACGUGGCAAGUCUAUCAGUAUCUAUUCCCUUGCACCCCUCCUCGGUCCUGCGGUUGGGCCAAUUGCAGGUGGAUUUAUCGCCUUAAAGACAACCUGGCGAUGGUGCUUCUGGGCGACUUCGAUUGUGGACGCUGGCAUUCAAGUUCUUGGCCUGAUCUAUCUACGAGAAACCUAUGCGCCGAAAUUAUUGAACGACAAAGCGAAGAAGCUCCGGCAAGAGACAGGCGACCCAAACUACCAUACUGAGUGGGAUCGUCCCGAUAGAACACUUGGGAAGGUCCUCCGCACGAGCCUUGUCCGCCCGUUUCGUCUUCUGGGAACCCAACCUAUUAUUCAGGCUUUGGCCAUGUAUAUGGCGUACCUGUACGGUCUUAUGUAUUUGGUCCUAUCCACUUUUCCCUCGGUCUGGGAGGGAACAUACCACGAAACCGUCGGCAUCGGCGGCUUGAACUAUAUCUCCUUGGGAGUGGGCUUCUUCUUGGGCACACAGAUCUGUGCUCCGAUAAACGACCGUAUUUAUCGCAAACUGAAGGCACGAAACAAUGACGUUGGGAGACCCGAGUUCCGCGUACCGCUUAUGAUUCCGGGAGCCGCCCUCGUGCCGGUCGGUCUUUUCGUCUACGGCUGGACCGCAAGAUCCAGUGUUCACUGGAUUGUUCCUAAUAUUGGAGCUGCUAUCUUUGCGGCAGGGACGAUUAUGGGCUUUCAGUGCAGUCAGACUUACAUUGUGGAUGCAUAUUCACGUUUUGCAGCCUCUGCUGUGGCUUCAGCUGUGGUGCUGAGGAGUCUGGCAGGGUUCGGAUUCCCCCUCUUUGCUCCCUACAUGUACCAGGCCCUUGGGGUGGAUUGGGGAAACUCCCUGCUUGGGUUCAUUGCCAUAGGCCUUGGUCUUCCUGCACCGAUUCUCCUGUGGAAAUAUGGCGAGACCUUGCGGAACAAUGGCAAUCAACUCGUCGCCACCGCCAGGGCGAUCUGGCUGAUGUCCAAACUGUCGCGACGCUUUCAUGCGAACUCGGCCACCCUUCCGAGAAGCUUACUCCCACCGUUCUUGCUGACCACCCGGCGAAUUUCUGCUGGCGAUAUGACCUUGGCAUAUCUCCGACCGAUCUGCGGCAUUUGA